AUGUCGAUGGGAAACGUAACACUUGUGAAGCACUUUUUCAUUGUUGGCUUUCCUGGACUUCACCCUAACUACUAUGGACUUGUAUCAGCAGCUAUGUUAUUUGUUUAUGUGUGCACUUUGACAGGGAACGGAAUAUUUCUUUGUUUGUUUGCAACAGAAAAAAGUCUCCAUAAACCUGUAUAUUAUUUCUUUAUAAGUCUAGUCAUUUCUGACGUACUGUUCAGCACAAGCACUUUACCAAAGAUCAUUGCCAGAUACUGGUUCCAAGCUGGGACCAUUUCAUUUUUAGGUUGUUUUAUUCAGAUGUAUUUAGUGCAUUACUUUGGCACAGUCAAUUCAUACAUACUGGCACUAAUGGCCAUAGACCGAUAUGUAGCAGUUUGUUACCCACUUCAGUAUCACAAUGUUAUGACAAACAGAAAUGUAUUCAUUCUGAGCCUGGUGGCCUGGGUUAUGGCUCAGUCCGGCCCCCUUAUGAUGGCCAUUCGAGCUUACCCUCUCCCUUAUUGUGGAGCCAACACCAUUUUGCACUGCUACUGUGACCACGUCUUUACACGACUUGCGUGCACUGACAGAACUCCAUAUAGUUUUCCAGCUUUUGUUUUUGCCAUGCUAGUAUUGCUGGGAUCUCUUGCCAUUAUUGUCUUCUCCUAUUGCUGCAUUAUUGUAGAAGUCCUAAAAGUCUCGAGUGCUGGUGGGCGACUGAAGACUUUCUCUACUUGUACUUCUCAACUCAUCAUAAUUGCUCUAUACUUCAUACCCAGGUGUUUUUAUUAUUUGAGUGCCCAAAUUGGUAUCACUUUAAAUCCUGAUUUACAAAUAGCUAUUGUCACAUUGUAUAGCUUGCUGCCUCCUGUGAUCAACCCACUAAUCUACUGUUUGAGGACACAAGAGGUGAAAAAGAUUUUGAUAAGAAAAUUACAAAGGAAUCAAUAUCCCCCCCAAAGAGUCCUGGGUAGCCUCGGAACGAGGUCAACCAGGAUGACCACCACGUCCACCGCCGGACUUCCGAACAGGGGCAUACCCAGAGCUGCCGAGGCGCUGAACAGAAGGGCUCUGCUUACGCAGACCCCUCAGACGAGCUGGGAGCGAGCUGGAGAGACCCUUUCUCGCGCGGCCUAG